AUGGAUAAUGAAUCUUUGAAGCAGUUGAGUAGAUAUCAUCCAAAACAUCGAGAGCCAUCAUCAAAAGUUGAAUUCUUUGGCUUCAUCAAAGACAAAAAUUAUCAAGAUCCAGAUCCAGUCAAUCAUCAGAACUGGAGGAAUGAAGCAGAGAUGAAAGAAGCUGGUUAUGCUGAUGAAUUGAAAAUCCUUGAAAAGUUCAAAGAUUCAAGGAAUGAAUGGUUUGUGAAAGAGGAGAAAAAGAAAAAGAGCAGAAAAUCAACUCCAAAAGUUCAACAAGAGGAAGGUUCUUCAUCUCAACCUAAGAAACGUCGAAAGAAAACAGUUGAGACUUUGCUUGUAGAUGAACCAGAUGAAGAAGAACCAGAAGCAGAAGCUGAAGCUGAAACUGAAUUGUUGAAAGAUCUUAAUGUUUUUAAUGCUGCUAAAGAAAAGGAAGCUGGUGUGGAAGAAGGUGACGAUGGUGAUAAAAGCUCUUCAAGUUCAUCUGAUGAAGAAAUUGAUGAGACAGAGCGUGCAAAGAGAAUUGAAGCCGAGAUUGCUAAAGAAAAGCAGUUGAAAAGAAAGAGAAGACAGGAGAAGGAUGAUGAUGUGUAUGUUCCAUCUCCUAAACAUGUGUCAGAAUCUCAAACGCCUCCAUCUGGUGGGAGAAAGAAAACAAGUGCUAGAAAGAGUAUUGCAUCUCCAAGACAACCUACACCACCACCUGAACCAUCACCACCAAAAUCACCUCAUCCAUCACCUCCUAAAUCACCACAUCAAUCACCACCAAGACAACCAUCUCCUAUUCAAUCACCACCACAUUUUACCCCACCACAUCAAACAACAUUCCAAGAACAACCUAUUCUUACUUCACAACAAAUAUUCCAAACACCACCAACUUCACAACCACGUGUUCAAUCCACACCUGGUUCUUCUGGUUACAAAAUGUUUCCAAAUAUUCCUCCAGAAUGUAUUUCUCUUGAAGAAAUUGGUGAUUUCAACUUUGCAAGUGAUGUUCAAGUAAAGAAUGUGGAAAAGAAGGUUGAUGCAGUUUUGGUUGAGAAUAAGAUAUUGGCAGAUCGUGAGAAGAUACUUGAGAUGCGUGUUAAGAAGGUUGAAUCUGAGAACAAGUCUUUGCUAAAGAAAAUUGAAGCAGAUCAGACCGAAAUUGAUAUAAUGAAAAUGAAAAUUGCUGAGCUAGAAGAAGAAAAAGCACGACGUGAUGAGCAAAACAAGUACUUUGAGCUGAAAAACAAAGAACUUGAAGCUGCUAAAGCCAUGAAGGAACAUGAAAUUUACAUGAUGAACAAAGUGCUUGAAAAUAUGCUCGGAGAGUCUAUAGAACAGAGGUUUGAAGAGAUAGAAGUUGAAGAGUUGAGAGCAAAACGUCAAGCAGAAAUUGAUGCUGAAAUGAACUUUAAAGGCAAAGGUGUUGAAGGUUCUGAGGUUACAGAAAGAUCAAUUGUUCCAUCCACUGUAUCUGAAUCUCCUAUUCAGAAUCCUCGCCCGAUAUCUGUUGUGUUUGCUAUCUUUGAGGAAGAUGUGUUACUCGAAGAUGGAGAUAUUGGUGUCAAUGUUACUGAAGCGUCAAAUGAACAGAAUGUUGAUGAUUAUAUGCAUGAUGAUGCACAUGAAGAACAUGAGAGUGCUGAAGGUGAGGGGGAGCAUGUAGAUGAUCAAAAUGUUGAUAAAGUUGAAAAGUUAAUUCUGCGGUUAGAGCCUGAAGUUGAAGAAGGAGAAUUCAGGCAUGUUUACACCGUGAAUGAUAUUAAAGAGAUGACACGUAUUGCUGAUCCUGAUUUCAAGUUUGAUUUUGAAGAGGAGUUGAAUGCGUUCGAUAUCAACCAACAACCUGAUUAUGUAUACAAGUAUGUUGAUGAAGCAGAUAAUUAUGACAGGGUUGAGGUUGAGGAUUGCAGUGACGAAGAGGGUGUAUCUGAAGACACGUCUAAUUUUCCAACUCUUGUUGAGUUUUUCAGUGAAGAGAACAGAGAUGAACUAAGGAGAAAGGUUGCUGAAAUUCUGAAAGAUAAGAACUUUGACGGUACUACGAAAGAUCUAGAAAAGGAAGAGAGAAAGAAGUGGUUUCGUAAAGACACUGAAAGAAAGUUUAAGCGUCCUUUGAAGUUCUACAAGAGAGAUAGAGAUGUUUCGCUUGAAGAGUUGUCAAAGGUUAGGACAUUGGUCUAUCCAAUCAGAAAGAACGAUUUGCCUAUGUGGGGUUUGAUAAAGUAUGAAUCGUUGAAAAACUUCAAGCACUGGAAGCCUCAUUACCCGAAGAAGGUUCAAAGGGUAGAUCCAGUAACUGGAGUUGAAGAGAAAAUUUUACAUCUGAAAAAGCCUAGAGUGAUCAAGAAUAUCCCUUUGUCGAAAAUGGAACAAGAGUUCUAUAAAGGUUUUAAGGGUAUUAAUGCUGAAAGUAAAUGGAACUCAAAGUGGCGAAAGAUUGAAGAGGAAGAAAAGUUAAAGGCUGAGAAAAAAUGUAAAGCACGUGAAGACAGAGAUAACAUGAUGCGGCAUACUGUCGUUCAACGAAUGGCCGCUGAAGAAAAGAAGAAAGUUGAUGAGAAUGAGAAGCUUAGGAAGCUGUUGUUGCGAAAGCCUAAGCCGAGGGAAGAACAUUUCAAGUCGCUGUGA